UCUCAGUCCGUCACGUGUUGAAUACAUUAAAUUAGGAGAGGGACGUCCACACCGAUCUGCCCAACACACUGUUUGGUUCCAGUCAGCGUGCUGCAGCAGUCCGGAGACAACACACACGCACACACACAUACACACACAUACACAGACAGACAGUGGAUGCCGAUAAGUUGAUAAGGUCUACUAGAAGAGGACGACAGCAAAGUUUUACCAGGCGCAAGUUUGCAAUUAGACUUUGAAUCGUUUCGUCUGGGAGGAGAUCGGAAAGAACUAAAAAAAGGACUUUGGCAAAGAAAUAAAUUGCGUCCAACGAGGAGGGAUCUCUAACCUACAACCACUGGCAAAGGAAACAUGAAGUCCUGAAAUGGAUGUAACUUUAACUUUGGACUUCAUAAGGGAAUACUGAGAAUAAUCUGGAUAUCUGGAUACUCGGCUUGUCUUCUCUUAAAAACAGCAGAGCAACAGAUGAAUGUUUAAAAAGAAGGAGCCAAAAUGAAGACAGCUGCCAAGGGUUUUGGGAAGUCUAUAAUGGACCCUUCGCAUCGUGAGGGUUGGUGGAGCAGAAGGAUAGUGUUAAUGGUGUAUGUGGCCUUGGAGCUUGUAACAGUCCAUUCACCCGUGGUCCUGGGCACUCUUGAGCUACAGCUAGACGAGGAGCAGCCAGCCGGCACAAUCGUAGGUGACAUCAGUGCGGGACUUCCUCCUGGCAUCACAGCAUCCCUGUACUUCAUCUCAGACCAUGAGGGCACAGGCGUGGGUAGCGAUUUGGACAUAGAUGAGAGCACGGGCAUUAUUAAAACCGCCAAAGUUCUGGACAGGGAACUGAGGGAUAGGUACAACUUCAUUGCAGUCACCAUGACAGGUGUGACCGUGGAGGUGACCAUCAAGGUGAAUGACAUAAAUGACCAAGCCCCGACGUUCCCGAGAAAGAGGGCCUCGUUUAAAAUCCCUGAGCAGACGGCCAUCGGCACCAGGUUUCCUCUUGAGCCAGCUGUUGAUGCUGAUAAAGGCCAGCUUACAACACAGGGUUACCUUAUCAAGGAUGGAAAUGUUGGCCAGGCAUUCACCUUGGAGACCAGGAGGGGAAGCAAUGAGGUUCUCUAUCUGGACUUGGCGGUCAAUGCCAUUCUAGACAGAGAGAAAAGAUCCACCUAUACCUUAUCUCUGGAGGCCUUUGAUGGUGGUUCCCCCAAAAGGACUGAUCGGAUGACAUUAGAUAUUACUGUACAAGACAUUAAUGACAACGCUCCCGUUUUCAACCAGAGCCGCUACCAUGCCAUAAUAUCUGAGAACCUUCAGCCAGGAAGCAACAUCCUGCAGGUGUUUGCCACCGACGCUGAUGAAGGAGACAAUGGGAUGGUGCUGUAUGAAAUCAACAGGAGGCAGAGCGACCCGGACCGCUACUUUGUCAUUGACUCUCGCACUGGCAUCAUCACGCUCAAUAAACCGCUGGACUUCGAGAUGAGAAGAGUCCACGAGCUGGUGGUUCAGGCGCAAGACAAUGCAACGCACCCAGAGGUGACCAACGCCUUCGUCACCAUCCAUGUCAGAGACUACAACGACAACCAGCCCACCAUGACCAUCAUCUUUCUCAGUGAGGAUGGAUCUCCCAGAAUCUCCGAGGGUGCACAGCCAGGCCAGUAUGUAGCCAGGAUCUCAGUCACUGACCCAGACUAUGGGGAGUACGCCAAUGUCAACGUGUCGCUAGAGGGAGGAGACGGAAAGUUUGCCCUGACCACUAAGGACAGCAUCAUCUAUCUGAUCUGUGUGGACCAGAUUCUGGACCGGGAGGAGAGAGACACCUACGAGCUGAGGGUGAUGGCAACAGACUCGGGCACUCCUCCUCUCAGGGCCGAGUCCUCCUUCAUCAUCCAGGUGGUUGACAUCAAUGACAACCCUCCUCUGUUUGACCAGCCAGUGUACAGGCAGGUGAUCCCUGAAGUGGUGUUUCCAGGGAGCUUUGUGUUACAGGUGACAGCUAGAGACAAAGACCAGGGGCCCAAUGGGGACAUUAAAUACAGCAUCCUGCAAGACCAUGGUGCCUACUCCAACUGGUUCAGUAUAGACUCCGUUACGGGGAUUAUCACCACUCUCUCCCAGCUGGAUUAUGAAAAGAACCCCAAUCCCAGUAUAACUGUGGUGGCCACAGAUGGGGGGAAACCACCCCUGUCCUCCACUGCCGUGGUGAACAUUGUGCUCCAGGAUAUAAAUGACAAUGAACCUGUUUUUGAGAGAAACUUCUACAAUGUGUCCAUCAAGGAGAACACAGCUCCAGGGACCUGCAUUCUUGAGGUGACUGCGACAGAUGCAACGGGCUCCUUUGGCUCCAUUACCUACUCCCUCGGCUCUGGCAUUAACAGCGCGGCUUCCCUCUCAGUUUCACCAUUGGCAAGGGAAGACGGCCAGAUCUGCACUAGUGCCGCACUAGACAGAGAUCAAGGGCCUGCCAGCUUCGACUUUACUGUUACUGCAGUGGACGGGGGUGGACUGAGCUCAGUAGCCUAUGUGAAUGUCGAUCUGGCCGACAUUAACGAUAACAGACCCGCCUUCUACCCAGUCAGCUACGCUGUCAGUUUGAGCAAGCAUCGCAGAGCGCCCUGUGGACCAUCUGUUGUCAGAGUGACCGCCUAUGACCCAGACUCAGGCGAGAAUGGCAAAAUUACAUACAAAACAGUACCUGGAGGGGCUUCCCCUUACUUUACUCUCAACAAAGACACAGGUGUGAUCUCCCUGUCUCGGUCUGUCUACGGAAAGGCCAACUCUGUCAUUCCCAUGGUGAUCUCUGCUCAGGACGGCGGUGGUCUGGUUGCCCACGUCAAUGCCAGAGUCAACAUUAGCGUGGUGGCGGGGCUGGUGGCGCCGCCUGUGUUUGAACAGACUCAGUACUACUUUAUUGUAUCAGAGGACGUCUUGCGCGGGACGGUCGUAGGCAUCGUCCAGGCCAGCAGUAAGACAGGCUCCUCUAGAGAUAUCUCUUACACCAUCAGCUCUGGGGACCCUGCAGGCUACUUCACGGUGGAUCCCGACACUGGGGCCUUGAGGACCAGCCUGCCCCUGGAUCAUGAAGCCCAGUCAGCUCUUGAUUUGGAGGUGCAGGCCCGCAGUGGCAACCCCCCUGCCUUUGGCCAGACCCGUGUCCACAUCACCAUCGCAGACAUCAACGACAACCCGCCUGUUUUUCUGCCCUCAUCCUCGGAGUCCCUGCUGCUGCCAGAGCACACAGAGAUGGGCACAGUGGUGUAUCGGGUCCAAGCUGAGGACAGAGACUCUGGAGUCAAUGGACAACUCACCUUCGACCUCUCUUCUCAAAGUGGAAUCCAGAGGACCUUCAGCAUAGAGCGCAGCAGUGGAGAGAUCCGAUUGGUCGGGAGCCUCAACUAUGAGAGUGCUCCCCGUUAUGACCUCCAGGUGAUCGCCAAGGACAGUGGAGUCCCCCAGCUUAGCGCCACCUUCGUGCUUGUGGUUCACGUCCAGGCAGAGAACGACCAGGGUCCUGUGUUCGAUACCCUCACCUACCGCGUGGAGCUAAAAGAAGGGACUCCGAUAAACACACGCUUCUUGCAGGUCAGGGCUCUGAACGAAGAAACCUCUGGCUCAGGUUACUUCAGCCCCCUGGCGUAUCACCGUGCGUCCGAUACGGAGAUGCUGCAGGGUUUGGGCAUUGCUGCAGACAGCGGCUGGCUGUUUGUGAAGAGUGUCCCUAGACAGAGAAGUCAGGACAUGUAUCUUCUAACAGUGCUGGGCGACCAGGGUCACGGGCACCUGAAGAAGACGGGUAGUGCCACAGUGCGGAUAUCGGUGAACGGAUGAGAAUGACAACCUCUCCUCAGGCUCACGCAGGAGAGGGUCUUCAUGGCUGUGAGAGAAAACCUGCCUGCAGGAACAGGCUUUGGUCACGUGACGGCCUCAGACCGAGACAGUGGCCCCAAUGGACGCCUCGGCUUCCGCUUCCUGCAUCCUGAUCGCCACUUCCAGAUCAACUCCCACAACAGUGUUAUUAUUACCUCCGCCAAGGGUGAAGAUCAGUACGAGGACUACUCUGGACAGAGAGCAGACAGGUCCAGCUACCACUGCUGUGGUGGUGUGGUUCAACCAGUCGGGGAUGCCAAAACUCUCAUCAUACAGCAGAAGGUCAGUCCCUCUGGGGUUUUAUUGGGCAUGCUGCAAGCCAAAGACCCCGAUGAAGGAGAGAACGGAACCGUAUUCUACUCUUUGUCAGGUCCCAGGGCUGAGCGUUUCUCUUUGAACCCAAGCUCUGGGGAGUUGCGUUCAUCAUCCCCUCUGAGCCACUCGGAGCGGGCCGAGUACACUCUGACGGUGACAGCUACUGACAGAGGACUGCCCCCUCGCAGCACCUCCUGCUCCCUCACCAUUCAGGUCCUCAGCACUAACAGGCCUACUUCCAAGACCAAUUCAUUCUCCAUAUCCUUCAACUCUGUGGAGGAGGCUAAGCCUGGAUCUGUCGUUGGCUCAGUCCGCAUUCAUGACAGAGAAACCCCAGAGCAAGGGGAGGUGACCUACACGGUGGUGGGGGGUACAGACCGAGAUGGGACCUUUGUCGUGGACCGUCUCACCGGAGACGUGUAUCUGGCUCGUCCUCUUGACUAUGAACGAGAUGCCCGCUACACCCUGCAGAUCGAGGUGGAUGACCUCUCUCAGGCCCAUCCUAGCAGCACCCUGGUGCACCUGGACAUUGACGUAGAGGACAGCAAUGACCACGCCCCUCUGUUCCCCGAAGACCCCGUCACCAUCGUGAUCUCUGAGAGCAUGGAGCCCGGCUCUUCUCUCUAUACGUUCCAGGCCACAGAUAAGGAUGGCAGUGGUCCCAACAGCGAGCUGAAGUACUCCAUUCUCCACCAGUGGCCAAACACCCCUGGCCUACUAACCCUCGACCCUUCCACUGGGGUCCUCUCCCUGGGCCAGGAGCUGGACCACGAGGUCACCUCCAAGCUGAUACUGGUUGUAAGGGCAACAGACUCUGCCCUCGAUGCCAGCGAGAGGCGCUGGGGUUCUGUCACGGCGAGGGUGUAUGUAACCGAUGAGAACGACAAUGCACCAGUGUUCAGCUCGCCAACAGCUGUCAGUGUGAUGGAGGACCAGCCGGUGGGCUUUGUGGCGCUGUAUGUCAUGGCCAGAGACGCAGACCAAGGGGAGAAUGGCAGGGUGACCUACAGCAUCCAGUCAGGCAACACUGGAGGAACAUUCAGCCUCAACCCCAACACUGGCUCUCUGUCUAUUUUCAAACCUCUGGACCGUGAGGAGCAGGACGUCUUUAACCUCACAAUAACCGCAGAGGAUCAUGGGAUACCCCAGCACUCGUCCAGCCAGCUGCUGUGUGUCCACGUGAUUGAUGUUAACGAUGAGGUGCCCUGGUUUGAGGAGAGCCAGUACGAAGCCCAGAUCUCUGAGAACCAGCCUCCAGGAACUAGUGUGUUGACAGUGUCCGCCUCUGAUCUGGACCAAGGAACCAAUGGACAGGUGACAUAUGGUGGUAUCUCAGAGGAGGGUUUCAGCAUCAACCCAGUGACAGGUGUAAUAACGACCACUAAGGCGCUGGACAGGGAGCUCCAGGAGUACUACUCCUUGACAGUUUAUGCAAAGGAUGAAGGCCUUCCGCCCAACUAUGCCAAAGCCACAGUGAGGAUCAGAGUGCUUGAUGAGAAUGACAACGCCCCUUCCUUUGGACGACUCUACUACACCAUAGAAGUGCCUGAAAACCUGGAGGCAUUGCCUCUGUUCACCCUGAGAGCCACUGACCAGGAUGCAGGAGAUAGUGGGGAGAUGAACUACAGAAUUACAGCUGGAGAUCCAUCAGGAGACUUCCGCUUAGACAGACAGUCAGGUGUUCUAUCCACCUCGAGGCCUCUGGAUCGUGAGAAAAGAGCUGGAUACACGCUAACAGUCACAGCUCAGGACCAGGGCUACCCUCCACUCAGCAGCACUGCCACCGUGGAGGUGACUGUUAUGGACAUCAACGAUCACAGCCCCCAGUUUCAGAGCAGCAGCUACACUGCAGACGUUUCAGAAGAUGUUCCCAUCGGCUCGCUGGUCCUGGAGGUGAAAGCCACUGAUCUGGACCAGGGCCCCAACAGCCAGGUGAUGUACUUCUUGAGCCGUGGCUCCCAGAGCAUGUUCAUCAUAGACCAGAACACGGGUCGCAUCAUCACAGCAGCACCCCUAGACCGAGAGAGAACCGCCUCUUACACCUUUGACGUGUGUGCCACUGACUCCUCCCCCGCAAACCCACGUAACUCCACCGCUCAGGUGACGGUCUACAUUCAGGAUGUGAACGACAACGCGCCCUUCUUCAUUCUGGACCCGCUCAUUGUGAACAUCUCCGCCAGCAGCGUGUCCAGCCGCCGAGUGCUGGCCACCAUGAGGGCGGAGGACAAGGACUUUGGGGCUAAUGGCUCUGUGUUUUAUCGUUUCGCCAACCCUGUGAGGGGCUUCACCAUCAACUCACUGACAGGAGACAUCCAGGCCACGGAGAAGCUGCAGACUCUGACCCAAAGCCAGAGGACUUUGAUAGUUCAGGCCAUGGACCAGGGCAACCCAGCUCAAUCUUCCCUGGGGGUGGUUAUCAUUUAUAUCAGGGAGCAGAGCUACAGGGGGAUUCGCUUCUCUCGCACGGCUCGAGACGUCAGUCUGCAGGAGAACUCUGCUAAAGGCACAGUGGUAACACAGACUCAGGCCCAGUACCCCGAUGGCUCUCAAACUGGUAUCAGCUACAGUAUUUUCAGUGGAAACAGAAUGCAGUCUUUUGGAAUAAACGCCAUUACUGGUGAAAUAUGGGUCCAGAAAAAUGAAGAACUGGAUUACGAGGAGACCCCGAAACUCCGCCUUGUGGUGAAAGCUGAGACGGCAUCCUCCAGCUCCUACAUGGCUGUCAACUUAAUCCUGCAGGAUGUCAAUGACAACUUGCCACGCUUCCAACUCCAGAACUAUGUAGCCUACAUUAGAGAGGCACAGGGCUACGAUUCCCCCAUCAUUCAGGUUGCUGCAGAUGACCUGGACCAGGGACAAAACGGUCAGGUGACCUACUCUAUCAGGUCAUCAUCCAUGAGUGGCUUGUUUAAGAUAGACCCACUGACCGGCAGCAUCACCACUGCAGCCAUAAUGGACAGGGAGAUCUGGACGCAAACAAAGCUUGUUGUCACAGCAACCGACCGGGGAACCCCACGGCUGGCUGGCUCUGCCACCCUCACUGUGAUCAUCAUCGACCUCAACGACAACAGUCCCAUGAUUCCCCUGCAUCGGGAGAUCCGGGUGCCUGAGGAUACUCUGAUUGGCACAGUUAUCACCCAAGUAACAGGAAAUGACGUUGACUCAGGGCCAGCCCUCUCCUACACACUACACCUGGACACAAAUACCCAAGGCAUGUUUGGGAUCCAUCGUUAUGGAGGAGGGGUGUCUCUGACCGGCCUGCUGGACUAUGAGGAGAGGACGUGGUACACUCUGACCGUCCGCUCGUCCGACUCUAAACAUCAAAGCGAGGCCAACAUCACUGUGCUGGUGGAUGAUGUGAACGACAAUGCCCCCACCUUUACUCAAGACUUGUAUCAGGUGACUGUAUCAGAGCACCUCCCAGCAGGCAGUGCAGUCAUCACAGUAACAGCCACUGACCGUGACUCCGGGGAGAACGGGAAGAUUACCUACAGAGUAAUGUCAUCAACCAGGGGCGUCUUCUACAUUGACCCAAGCAACGGUACUCUGUUUGUCAACCAAAAAACAGAGUUUGAUUUUAAGAAUCCCUCCAUCCUGGUGGUGAUUGAGGUGCGGGACCAGGGCACUCCAUCCCUUUCAUCCAUUGCCACUGUCCAGGUACAAGUGUCAGACGUCAAUGACAACGCCCCCAUCUUCCACCAGUCAGAGUACAGAGCCACCGUGUGUGAAGAUGGGCUUCCUGGAUCAACUGUUCUGACCUUAGAAGCUGUGGACGGCGACCUGUCCCGGGACAACUGUGGUUUUGAUUUUGCCAUCGCCAGCGGCAACUCAGGUAACACGUUCCAGAUUGAGAGCAGCGUGCGUUUCUUGGAGGGGCAGGGCUUCCAGACGGUCGGCAGCCUGAUCCUGGUGGAGGAGCUGGACUUUGAAGCAGUGCCAAGUUAUAACCUGACUGUUGUUGUAUCGGAUCGAGGGAUCCCUCAGCGCAGCUCCAGCGUGCCCAUCCUCAUCAGCGUUACAGAUACCAAUGACAACCCUCCAGCCUUCAGCCGAGCAGAGUACAGUGUAGUGCUGAGUGAGGGUGCAGCAGCGGGGACAGAGAUCUUGCAUCUAUCUGCCACAGAUCCAGACUCAGCUCCCAAUGGAGAGGUGCAGUACUCCAUAAGCUCAGGGGACGAGACGGACCUUUUCCAGGUGGACCGGUGGACCGGAGCCUUGAGGCUGCAGAGACCUUUGGACAGCGAGAGACAGUGGUCCCAUAUGAUUGUCGUCCAGGCUACUGACGGUCAAGGGCACUACGCUUUGGCCCCAGUCAGUAUUGAGGUGAAGGACAUCAACGAUAACCGGCCCUUCUUUCCCCUCAAACUAAUAACUGCGAGCAUCAGGGAGAACCAACCCCAGAACGCCUUAGUCACCAUGCUGCAUGCAAUCGACCAUGACAGAGGGGUUUUUGGACAGCUGAGGUACUACAUGUUGGACAACUCUAAAGAGGGAAGAGAGGCCUUCCUCAUGAACCAAACUUCAGGAGAAGUACGAACUCGCUCUACUUUUGACUUCGAGAGGGUAAACUCCUUCCAUUUUGUGGCUGUUGCCAUGGAUGCUGGAAACUAUUCUGCCACUGUAACGGUGCAGGUUUAUGUUACAGGGGAGGAUGAAUAUGAUCCUGUGUUCACCUCCUCAGAGUUCUCAUUUGAAGUGCCUGAGGGAGCAAAGAAAGGUCAGACCAUUGGCAAAGUGCAAGCGAGAGAUGAGGACGGAGGCGUGGAUGGCAUCGUUCUCUACUCUCUAGCAGACGGUUCGCCUUAUUUUGAAGUCAAUAAAUCAACAGGAGCAAUUUCCCUAAAGAUGGACAGCUACACUAGACACGUGAGCCGCUCUAAAAGAGAGGUGCGUCUGAUGACCCUGGACGUGACUGCUCACAGCCCUCUGGAGACGUCCCGCGUAGCAGUGGCCAAAGUUAGCGUAGAUGUGACCCAUACAUCUUUUGGUCUCACCUCAGACAUGAAUAUGCUGCUUGUCAGCGUCAUUGCAGUUUCUCUUGGGACCAUAGUCAUACUGAUGAUAAUUGCUGUGGCGCUCUGUUGUGUUAAAUUGAGACGCAAGAAGAAGGAGCAAAAGGCACACGGACGAACGCCAGCGUCGGGCACCAUGCUGCACAAGUUUGAGGAAACAAAGAUAGCAGCGAAUGAAAUGAUUUACCAUCAGGCCCUUCCUGGAUACACGGCAGAUCAGAGUGGCGGCGGUGGGGGGCCAUACACUCGUGGAGGAUCCCUGGAUCCAUCCCACUCCAGUGGGCGUGGCUCUGCGGAGGCAGAGGCAGCAGAGGACGAUGAGAUCAGAAUGAUCAAUGAAUACCCUCGAGUGUCAAGUAUCUCCUCGUCCAUGCAGGAGCGCAUUUCCGCCCGAGGUCCGGACUCUGGAAUCCAGCAGGAUGCGGAUCAGCUGUCAGAUGUGUCCUGUGAGCCUUCCAUAGAUUGGUUCAAAGGGAAGAAACUGGGCAGUCUGAAUGGUACUUUAUUAGCUGGCCAGGUGCCAGUCUACAGGGACGAGGGUGGUGGGUAUGUGGGUGUGGGACGGGGACUCAGCAUCUCCCACCCUAAAGAUUAUACUUUCCCACAGGAUGGGAAGCCUGCUGUAGAUGGCUCCCUGACAGCCAUCGUGGCCAGUGAUGAGGAGCUGAGGGGCAGCUAUAACUGGGACUACCUGCUCAACUGGUGUCCCCAGUUCCAACCUUUAGCUAAUGUUUUUACUGAAAUAGCACGUUUAAAAGAUGAGACGGCUCCUCCUCAUCCCCGCAGGUCGUUUCAUCACAAAGCAAAGGCAGAGUCAAGAAUCGACCCCCCGCCUCUCAUAACCUCGGUGGCCCACCCCGGGGCCAAAACUGUCCCUCCGAAGCCCGUCGUAGGGAGGACGUUCCCCCACUUGGCUUCUUUACGGAGAUCUCCCAUCAGCGCAGAGGGAUCCAUCUCCUCCGUCGCCAUGUCGCCAAGUUUCUCCCCCUCUCUCUCACCGCUGGCAGCACGUUCUCCUGCAAUCACACCCUUCAGUGUCUCACAGGGCCCCUCUGCAUCAAUGAUCAGCACAACUGAACACCAUCUAGAACACAUCGAGGAGGCAGAGCUGAGGAUUUAAAUUCUUCAGGGGGAAUUAAAACUGAGUCAUUGCUGUCCCAGACUUGUUCUACUGUAUGUCUGACCACAGGGGCUGCAACCUGAAAUGAGUCAAUGCGUUAAACUAAGAAGUCCAAAUAGCUGAAGUUGUGGUGCUUACAGAAGAAAAACUAAACUACAUGACUAACAGGCCAAAAUGGACUAUGCCUUUUCUUGUGUUUUUGUGAAAGAAACUCCUCAUUCUUCUGUUGAUCAGUGUUAAUUUGCACAUCCGAAUGGAGAUUCAUACAUGAUGUCAAUAUUUUGUACAAAAGCAUUGUCUAUAUUUUUAUAUUUACAUGUGGUUUCUGACGAGAAAUGGCAUUAAAGUGUCAAAAGGUUGCUAAAACCUCAGAAUAUAUUUCUAUAUUUGUAUAUUUGUAGUUUGUACUGUAUACUUGUUUGUACUGUAAGCUGGUUUUAUCUCUUGUAAUUCUUAACCUUGUGGUUUUAAAUGAAGCUCUUCAUCAAUGCUUUAUGAAUUGGGAUUUUUGUAACAGAUUAUUGUAAAUAUUUAUGGAGGAAGACACAUCCUUGCUUGAACAAAUGAAACAUCAGUCAGAAUAGACUAUUGUGUGAUCAGAUUUUCUACGGAUCCUGUGUUUGAUCUCACAUCAAAAAGGUAACCAUGAAUGUGAAAUGCUGAAGCGUUGUCUUAGUCCUCAACACCACGUCCCUUCGUUCUCUGCAAAGGAAAAUAGAACUUGACAUCCAACGAUCUUGUCCUUCAGGUGCCCUGGCUUUAAUUCCUCACAACGAGCCUUACUGCUCUCAUUUUGCAUUGUGAAAAUAAUUCAUGUAAGGGAGAAUAUUGAGCAGCUACAUGGUAAAUGUAAAAUCACAGCAGUAGCCUAUCAUUCCAGAGAAUGUAAACAGGUCUUGGUUAUUUGUCUACUUGGUAAAAUAUUAAAGAAACAUUACUUAAGCUCUAAAUCAGUGCCUUGUUGACACUGAUAUUUGCAACUGUUUUUUUUUUUUUAAUAAUUUUUGUCCUGAAUUUUUGUAUAUAUUUACUGACAAACUGUAAUGAAUGUUAUAUUGGACCCCACUUUUCAAUAGCACUAUAAAGAAUACUAUAUGGAUUAAAAGUAAUACUAACAAAUCUUACCAAUGAUGAUGGAAGUAUGAAAAAAAUAUUUUAAUGAAUGUUCAAACACCACCAGAGAAUGUUUCCAUGUCAUGUACAUGUUCAGCCAUAAUUCACGUAAUGCUUUUACACAGAUGCCUAUGCCAUGAAUACAUUCAUGAUCAUAAUUGUGUUUUUGGCAGCCUUUACAAAAUAAAAUAAUGUGUACAUAUACAGUACAUGUACAUAUAUAACGUAUUCUGUUUGUUUUAGACCCUUGCUAACAUUAUCUAAGCAACACUAACAUUCUGCAGUAUUUCUAUUUAUUAUAUAGGUAGACUUUGGAAGCUGAGAGGCUUGGUAAAUUAUUUACAAGGAUGCUAUUUUGACCAUGGCCAAAUAUACAUGAACACUACCUAUUUGAUAGAAGGUACCUUGUUGUUUGUUUGUUUGUUUUUUUGUAUUGAACAGUGUUACCUGCCACUUACGUUUCAUAUUUGUCCAAACUGUGCGUGUUAUGGUGCCAUAGAAGAGAAAUUCCUCCAAAUGUUCACACACAUAUUCUAGACUCAUCCAGAGAAAUGUUUUGAGCAAAAAGUGCCUGAUUAAAGUACUUAUGUGAACACGU